AUGACAUCAAUGCGAAAAGCGUGCUUGCGUUUCCACAUCCACAGACGAGACAGCCAUUGGAGAAUCCACGCUGGGUGGAGUCAUGAGGUCACUCGCCAUCACGGGUGGACCUGUGGCAUAAAAGCACAUGAUGGGGGCAACAGCAGGAGAAGACGCAUCGGCCAGGUGGGAAUCUCAGCGCUGACGUUUUGGGAAGGCAUGAUGGACAAGCUGGGCUGGAUCUGCCUCUCCCUUGCCAGUCUCUCUGGCCCACUGUGGGCCAUCCCUGUGGCCAGCGAAGGGUCCUACUGGCUCCCAGGUAAGUCCUCUCCCUUUCCAUUCGCUCAGUAAGACAUUGCUUUGUUGUGGAAGAAUAGGUUCAGGAGAACCAGAAAAGCCAAGGGAGAGAGAUUUGGGGAACUAUCUCCCCCAAUGCGGGGCAUCCAGUCACACCGCUUCUUUUAGGGAACAGGCUCUUCCAGCAGGAGUUUGACCUCAUAGCUCAGUGGCAAAACAUCUGCCUUGCAUGCAGAAGGUCCCUGGUUCAAUCCCCGCUGGCCUGAGACCUUGGAGAGCUGCUGCCAGCUAGUGUGGACAACACUAAGUUAGAUGGUCCAACAGGCUGAUACAGCAUAAGGCAGCUUCUCAUGUUCCCAAUGAGAGGAACGGCCAAGAAAUUUAUGAAUGGGUCGACAUUGCUGCUUUAAAUAGGAUUUGGGUUGAUACAAUUGUUUUAAGUUCUUGUGUUGGGUGGUUAUUGCAUCAUUUAUUAUUAUGACAGGAACCGCCCUGGGGGCCUUUGGGCAAAGCAUAUCAAUUUCCUAAUAUAAAUAAAUGUAUAAAUAUCCCAGUUCACACAGGUGUGCCGAUUGCUUGAGGAAUAGAAGCUGGGAGUCAGCUUAAGGGAGCCCCUGGUGCCCUAAAUGGACCCUCAAGGGAUGAUCAACAGGCACAUCGGGAAACCGGCAAGCCCUUUGCCGGGAACCUGUCAGGAUACAGAAUCAUAGAAUUGUAAAAUUGCAGAGUUGGAAGGGACCUUGCGGGUCAUCUAUUCUAAACACCCCCCCCCAACCACUGGGAAUGGCUCCUGCACUUGGCACUGCCAAAUAUGAAGAUCUUUGAAAGAGCAUCAAUCCAUCCAUUGAGAAGCUUUUCCUCCUGACAUUUAAUAAUGACAGAAGAAAAUGAAUGCCCAUGAAAGCCACUCAUCCCUGGGAAUGGCCAUUGUAGCAGCCUUUGUAGGUUACUGAGAUCUGCUCCUUGCCAAAGGAUGAGGUGGGUGGUUGACGCUGCUGGAGCCCUGCGGAAAGAAACUGGGGGGGGACGGGACUGUGUCUGCAGAGGAACGCCAGACCCUGACAUGAUCCUUUCUGGCUGGGGUGCGGAGGGAGGCAAAGGUUUUGAGCCACAGUUCUUCACUUGCAGCAGAACAGGUCUGACCCAAGGAAGCCUAAUUCACUUACGGAACUCCCUGCCACAAGCAGCUUAGAUGGCCUUUUUAAAAAGGCAUGUCCGGGGACAGGCUGAGCCUCUCAGAGGCCCGGCUUUUGACAUCUCUACCCAUAAUGAAAAUUAAAAGUGGAGAGCCGGCACAGAAAAACAAAAUAAGGCAUUCAAAAACCAAAAGCUGCUUCCUUUUAUUGCUUCAGACUCACAGCAGUAAAUAAAAAUGAUCUGCCCGAGAGCAAGUCUGAGUACUAAAUGCACAGACUGGAUGGGAGAAAUUGGCAUUGGAAACUCCCUAUUCUCAUAUAUUUUGGCAGCAGUUCUAAGCCCACUUACCUGGGAGUAAGCCCCGCUGAAAUCAAUAAAACUUACUUCUGAGUAGAUAUGUUUAGGAUUGUGCUGCAAAUUGCUGUGCAAAUGGCAUUUUAAAAAUAUUGUGAAUACUACUGCCCAGGGAAAUGCGAUUAUAAUUUGUGUGCAAAGCACAUACCGCCAUUACCUGUCUGUGCAUCUUCCUUGUGUGCACAUAAUGUGCUUUCUUACAAAAAGUCACAAUUCAUAUCAGAAGCAGACAGAGUGGGAGAAAAUAAUAAGAACAGAGACUUUUUCAGCGCCAAUGCAGAGGAGCUUUAAAGUCAAGAUUCAAACAAGAGGCGUCUUGAAAGAUGCCAACAGAGGUUUAUAAAAAGUGAGAAAUAUAUUCAAAACACACAUAGACAAACAACAGGAACAACAAGCUACAGAGACCAACAAACCCAGAGCCACAAGCCUGUGGGCCUCAGUUCACACACCCUUUUCAGUACAGGCAGGCAGACCCCAUCAGAACCUGGAAUUGCCCCAAAUGUUAAUAGGUAUCAGUUAACAGCAAAAAAUAUCAUUUUACUAAACCACCUAUCUUUGCUUAAAUUUGCAGUUAUAAGGGGGUGUGGGGUGUGAGAGAGGGUGGGGGGGAGGUUUGUCAGAUGUGCAUAAAAGCAAGUUUAUCCAAUGUCCAAAAAUUGGCAUCUAAAUCUGAGGGGGCCCUUGAGUCCCUGGGCCAAGGGGCCCUCCUGGCUCCCACCCCAUAGUAGGCCCUAGAUGCAGGGGCCCUCUGAAGAGCAGAGGGUGAGCUCAAUAGGGUAGCAGGGGGCAAGCUGCCCAAUAGACACUGGAGGACUUUGGUCUGAUCUUACACUCUUAAAGGCGACAGAAUAACGCAGGGGAAAAGCUACCGGGCAGGGGAAACUUUCUUUGGCAGGGAAAGAGAGAAGAAGGUGGGUGGAUUGUGCAGAGCCCCUUUGGGGGGAAUCUACUACCACACGAGUGUCAAUUGCCUCCCACCAACCCACCCACCCACCUCAGUUGGCCCAUGAUAAGGCAGAGGGUUUCCCCUCAGGCUGUGCGAUGCCUCCCUCUUGUGUCCUUAUCUCCUUGCAGCCACUGAUGAAGAUGCCAGCAUAACUCUGGAGGCCCUGAGCAGCAGGAACAGAGGGUCCUCCCUCAUGCAGACCCCACGGGGAUUAGUGGGAGCACAGGUGGAAGACACUCUGAGGAAAGCAGGUAAGACAGAGACACCCCCUUUUGCCUCUGGAGGAGCAAGCCAGGCAGGACAUUCUUGCAACGCGGCACUUGCAACGCAGACAAUCAAACUGCUGCUGCUCUCUGGAGAUGUUCCUGCUUCCCAGUGGGUCCUGCUCCAAGAGUUGAAGCUGCCCACACCAUACCUGCCCUUAGGACUACCUGUUCACCUGCUUUCGCACUCCAUGCAGCCUAGCCAACCAGGGAGCAUUCAAAACAGAGCCAGGCGUCUUCCGACUGAUGGGUUUGAUCCAAGGCUGGGUGCAACUGCAGCAGGUGGAUUUGAAAGGGUGUAGUGGUUAGGGGGCUAAACCAGGAAUCGGGAGACCAGUCUUCGAAUCUCCGCUUGGCGACAAACUCCCACUUGGGCCAGUCCUUGCCUCUCAGUCUAACCUACCUCUUCACAGGGUUGUUGUUAGGAUCAAGUGGGAAGUAAGUCACCUUGGGAGGCAGAAAAGGUGAGAUAAGAGAGUCCUGAUAAGCAAGAUGCUGGGGAGGAGCAGAAUAGGGAAAUGCCUGGUACUCUGCAAGGCUGCAUUUUGUUACUUUUAAUUUGGAAAACUCCCAUCCAAAGAAGAAACGUACAGCAGAGGCUCUUCUUCUUCCCCUCUAGGAUUAAGAGAGCUGGCAAACUGGUUUGACCAGCGCCACAUGAGUUGAAAGAGGAGAGCAUGGGCACAGCAGCCCCUCAGCCCCUUUGACUCUCUCUGUCCACUUCUGUCCUGGGAAGCAAUGUCCAAAAGCUCCCACCAAGGGCAGCUGGGGAAGGGGGCCAAACCAAGGGUGGAAAAUAGACCAUGACCUUUCCAGAGGAGAAAGCAAUGCUUGAAUGUAUCUUCUUUUCUUUUUGUUCCAGGUCCCCAGCCCAGAGGCUUUAUGCCAUUGAGGGAAAAUGUCAAAGAGGUGAGAAGCCCCCAGCCCCAAGGCCAUUUGAAAGCUUUUCUCCUUGUUAUGGGUGCUGUGGCUCUGCUGGGUUCUCAGUGUGCGGCCAGGAACUCCCAGUCAACCUUCCUUACAUGACUCAACAUGUAACAUCUGCUUUUCUCAGGUACUCUUCGGAAACCUCCCCCAGAACACGCUGCUGAGCCGCUUGCUAGCCACAGACAGGAAGCAGUACAAAAAGCGUGGAAACAUCUCUGAAUGCUUCUGGAAAUACUGCGUGUAACUGAUGGCUGGGAACAGCUGAUGGCCAACUGGACACCCCCUCCAAAUCCCU